AAAGUUAAACAUUAAUAAAACAUUUUGACUUCACUUUCCUCUUUCAGCUUUCCUUUUCACGUUUCUCUUUUCAGCAGAAGAAUUGGCCGGUUCCAUUAUUCCGAUACAAGCUGAAGUACUAAAGGUUCGAGGUGAAGAGAGGUGAAGAACUAGUUUGCUUUUCUGAUACAAGCUGAAGAGUCGAUGAACUGAGCUGAAGAGUUGAACGAUUUCUUGAAGAAAGAAAUGAAUACUGUUGGGUUGUUGACAUGAUGAACUGAAGCUAAUUAGUCUCUCCGUCACACUGUUCUCUCAAGUGUCUCACUGAAGAACACAAUUUCAAAGAGAUUUUGUUGGAUUUGGGUUUAUCAGGUUUUGCUGAGAGGAAACUAAGAUUAUGCAGACAUCAAAAUCAAGGCAACAAAGAAGCUCCAACUGUGAACUUUAAAGGGAUUGUGUAUUUUACUGAAAGAGAUGAAAAUCUGAAGAUACAAAGGUGGGGAUGGAAGAAAUCAAGAGUGGAAGCUGAAGAACUCAAGUGCUGAGAUUCCUUUUCAUUCUCUAGUAAUCUGUACAACCAAUUUGUGAAGGCCAUGUGUGAGAUGAAUUCUCAAAACAGGAAAAAGCAAAAAUGGAGACAUCGAAUGGGACCUAUUAGUUUUGCAAGAGUAUGUGUGACAUUGCGUGCAAUCAAAGAAAACAAUGAGGAACCACCAAAGUCUGAAAUGUUUAUUGAAACUCGUACAAAAAUGGGAAAGGAACUUCAGGCCGAUACUCAAAUUGCAAUAGCUGAACUUCAGAAUCGCCAAAAUUUUGGGGAAACUGCAGAUGAUGCUUUUACGACAGCGUUUGGUAAGGAGCAGCCUGGUCGACUUAGAUGCUAUGGUAGAUCAGUGACAACAAGUUCUUUGAAGAAAGAUGAGGAAGAUAGCAAGCUAAAACAAAAAUAUGCCAAUGAAAUCACUUCUCUGGAAGAAGAAACGAAUGAAAUGAGAGAAGAAAUAAGAGAAGAAAUGCGACAUUUUUUUAGUCAAUUGCUUCAAAACAACCCUGGAUUGAAUGUUCGAGGUAUGCAAGGGGGUGUUGUAUCUAACAUUGCUUCACCUAUUGAUGCGGGUAGUGCACAAACUGUAAAAGGCCAAAAUCCUCUACAAUCUUCCGGGUCAACUCAUGAUCCGAAUCUUCAAAAGUCUGACAGGGAUCCUCCAAUGAUGUGAAAUUCGCGUUGAAGUAGAAAAAGAGGUCUUUCCAGGCUGCAGAGGAAAAUGGAAGUGAUCAAAUUUGAAGUGGAUGAUGAAGAGUUUUUGAACUAUUGUAAAAGUUUGAAUACAUAUUUGAACUAUUGUGUAGACAUUUAGAAUACUGAUGUAUAAGUAUGGGUAUGUGCACAACACA